CGGAAAGAAGAAAAAAGGAAAAAGUUUUUUUUUUUUUUUUCGAUGCUUCAAGUUUCAGGUGCGGCUCUUCUUCCAUUUCGUUCAAAACCCUUAUCCCAAAUUCACUUCAUUUGAUUCAAACGACGACGUCGUGGCAGAAAGGUCAAUGUUCAGUGGUGGAGGUGACGAUGCACUGGCGGCUCGCCUCGGCAUGAUGACGCCGUCGUUGCUGAAUCCGGCGACGCCGUCGGUGGUAUCGGGCGAGAUGUCUCCGGCGCCGUCGAGGGAGGAGAGGGGUCCGGCUCAGACGCAGUGGAGCCAGCAGGAGACGAGAGAGUUCAUAGAGAUCCGCGCGGAGCUUGAGAGGGACUUCACUGCUUCGAAGCGGAACAAGACGCUUUGGGAGGUUGUUAGCUCCAAGAUGAGGGAGAGAGGGUUCAGAAGGAGCCCUGAACAGUGCAAAUGCAAGUGGAAGAACCUCGUUAAUCGCUAUAAGGGAAAAGAAACAUCUGAUCCAGAGCAUGGCAAGCAAUGCCCAUUUUUUGAAGAAUUGCAUGCAGUCUUUACCCAAAGAGCACAUAAAAUGCAACAGUCCCUUCUUGAAUCUGAAACUCGAUCCGCUCAAACAAAGAAAGGGGUGAAAAGAUUAAGUGGAGAUCGGUCCUCAGAGGAAUUCUCAGAAGAUGAUGAGGUCGAAUAUGACAGUGAAGAGGAGAGACCUCCCAAAAGCAAUACCCGCAAAAGGAAAGCUGACAAAGUUGCAAUGGAGAAGUCUUCAAGGGCAAACAUUCCAUCAAAUGCUGCCAGUAACAAUAUUAGUAGUAUUCAGGAAAUGCUCAAGGAAUUUUUCCAGCACCAGCUAAGGAUGGAGAUGCAGUGGAGGGAGAUGAUGGAAAGGCGUGCUCAUGAAAGACAGCUGUUUGAGCACGAAUGGCGUCAAUCGAUGGAAAAGCUUGAGAGGGAGAGAUUAAUGAUUGAACAGGCAUGGAGGGAGAGAGAAGAACAGAGGAGAAUGAGAGAAGAGAAUAGAGCAGAGAGAAGGGAUGCUUUGUUGACGACCCUUUUGAACAAACUCAUUCAUGAAUCUAACUAAAUGAGGCAAAUGGCUUGGGUUCCUUAUAGCUAAUUUCUUUCUAUUUUCCAUUUGAUAUAUGAUUCUGAGUUUAGCCGUGAAUGAACUAAAUUUCAUAGUAGCUUUUGAUUACAGAUAAUUUUGGAAAGGAGCAUUCAUUGGAUGAAGGAAGGAGAGCAUAUGAAUAUAAUAGGAGUGUAUGAACAUUUUCUUUUGAAAAUUGAUACAGAAAGAUUUUUUUUAUAUGACUAUUUAGGGAUACUUCUGUUUGGCAUUCAAGGUCAGGGACAUAUUGCUGUAACUAAAAAACAGGUGUUGGUUUCUGCCUGUCUGUAUGAUUUUUCUUAUUUCGGUACAUAUAUUAUAGGUUUUCCUUUUU